AUGUUUCUUGAUACAACUGCAACAAUUCUGUCCGAACUCAACACACAAUUUGAUCAAGGCAACGAUCCACACAUAUUUGAACUCAGGGAAACCCUUAUUGCUUUACAUCAAAAAGUUGAUUCGGUCACUUAUUACUUCACAAAGCUCAAAUCCAUUUGGGAUAUAAUCAAUGAAUUGAGGCCAAGAACUCCUUGUACAUGUGCUGCAUCUCUAAGAAAUCUUGAUUUUCAUAAUCAAGAACAUGUUCUACAAUUAUUAAUUGGUCUAAAUGAAUCUUUUUAUUCUGUCUAUGCACAAAUUUUAUUGAUUGAUCUGUUUCCGUCAUUGUCCAAAGUCUUUUCUAUGAUCAUUCAGGAAGAACGCCAAAGGAAAUUGGGUUCUUUUCAAACUCCUAAUUUGUUGGUUGUCACUACUUCUACCAACAAUUUUAGCUCGAAGACUAAGAAGCCUCAACCCACUUGCACUAAUUGCAAGAAAAUAGGGCAUUAUGUUGAUAAGUGUUACUUUCUUCAUGGUUUCCCACCAGGCUAUGGAGACAAGAAAAAUCAACAAGGCAAAACUCAUGCUUCCGCCCAUUCCACGAAUGGCUCUGCUGAUGCAUCUACAUCUCAUAAUAUUCCUUCUUCAACUUCAGCACCUAUUCCUACAACUCUUACCAAUGCUGAAUGCUAA